GCGGUGGGCGGCCCCGGCGGCGAUCCGGGAUGUCGGGCUGGCUGCUGGUGACGUAGCGCGCCGCUCGCGCCGCGGGAAGGGCCGCGCUAGACCCUCCCCCGGUCCGCCGCCUCCCCCCCGGCCCGGCCCGGUCCCCUCCGUUCCUCUCCGUGUCCCCCUCCCGUCCGCCAUGGUCAGCGCCACCGCGGCGGCGGCGGCGGGAGCGGGCAGGGCGCCGCGUCGCCCCGGGGCCGCCGCCAGGCAUGUGCCAGGCCCGGCCGCCGCGUGAGCGCCGCCACCGGCACCGGCAGCAUUGUCCGCGCCCGCCCCGGGCCCAAGCCCAGGGCGGCGGGUGCCAUGAAUAGCAGCGUCGCGUGUCCCCCCGCCGCCGCCUCCCGCCGCCGCCUGCAGCGUCGGGAUCGAUAGAGGCGGGGGCUGCGGGCGCACUAUGGCCGGCAGCGGCUACACGGACCUGCGGGAGAAGCUCAAGUCCAUGAUGCCCUACCGGGACGGCCACAAAGGCGGCGGCAACGGCGGGAGCCUCCCGCGGGAGCCCCCCGAACCCCCUUACGAUCGCAAGCGGCGGCACCAGGAGGACUCCGGCUCCGAGCCCAGCGACUACGAGGAGCAAAAGGAGGAGGAAGAAGCUCGGAAAGUCAAAAGCGGCAUCCGCCAGCUUCGCCUCUUCAGCGCCGAGGAGUGCGCCAAGAUCGAGGCGCGGAUCGAGGAGGUGGUGUCCCGGGCGGAGAAGGGGCUCUACAAGGAGCACACGGUGGAUCGGGCCCCGCUGCGAAACAAGUAUUUUUUCGGGGAAGGCUACACCUACGGGUCUCAGCUGCAGAGACGAGGCCCCGGCCAGGAGCGGCUGUACCCCCGAGGGGAGGUGGACGCCAUCCCGGAGUGGGUGCACGACCUGGUGAUCAGGAAGCUGGUGGAGCACCGGGUGAUUCCCGAGGGCUUUGUGAACAGUGCCGUCAUCAACGACUACCAGCCGGGGGGCUGCAUUGUCUCCCACGUGGACCCCAUCCAUAUCUUUGAGAGGCCCAUCGUCUCCGUCUCCUUCUUCAGCGACUCGGCGCUCUGCUUCGGGUGUAAAUUCCAGUUCAAACCCAUCAGGGUCUCGGAGCCCGUUCUCUUCCUGCCCGUCAAGAGGGGAAGCGUCACGGUGCUCAGUGGAUAUGCAGCCGAUGAAAUUACACACUGUAUUCGACCACAGGACAUCAAGGAGAGAAGAGCUGUCAUCAUCCUUCGAAAAACAAGACUAGAUGCACCUCGAUUGGAAACAAAAUCCCUGAGUAGCUCUGUGUUGCCACCAGGUUAUAACUCUGACCGUCUAUCGGGAAGCAACCGGGACCAGAUCCUGAAACCAAAGCGGUCCCAUCGCAAAGCAGAUCCUGACGCUGCUCACAGGCCACGGAUUCUAGAAAUGGAUAAAGAGGAAAACAGGCGCUCAGUCCUCUUACCAAAACAUAGGAGACGGAGCAGCUUCAGCUCCGAGAACUAUUGGCGAAGGUCUUACGAGUACACGGAGGACUGUGAUGAGGAAGAGGAGGAUGGCAGCCCAGCCAGGAAAGUUAAAAUGAGGCGACACUGAGGAUUGCACUUUCCAGGCUCGUGGAGCUGAUGAGAUUGGCCUCCAGUCUGUGAAAACUUUUUCCUCCCUCUGGCUAUCUUCCAUCUAGCUUCAGUUUUGGUUUUUCCUUUCAGGCUGAAGAGUAAACAGGAAGGAUCUAGCAAUUUGUUUUUAUGAAUGGAGGAAUGCUGAGACAUACAUAAGGAUGGAACAUGUCCAGUGCACAUGAUGUCCUGAGUCAUGGGUCAAAUGGGCAUCUCUCUUAGGAAGCAGAUAAAGUUAUGCCAGGCUGUCUGUUGGGAUUUCUUUUGAAAACACCAAAAAGUUUAACUGUUUCAUUGCGCAAGAUUCAAGAAUUGUAUUUUUGGGGUUUUUUUUUUUUUUGCUUUAACUUUCUUCCUUUCCAAAUGUUCUAAAUAUGAUGUUUGACCCCAGGAGCUGAAACUCUGUGGGGUGGCCUUGUAUUCCUUGCUUCACCAAAGGGCUCCUUGGUCUGCUCUUACAUAGUUGUUGGGUUUGUUUUAAGGGUGCCCUGCAGUAACUGGAAGUUUGAAGCUUUGCAGACCCCUCUUACUGCAAUUGAUUUCAAAGGGUUUAGGACAUUUUUGUUGCACUUUAGUAUCAGUUUUGAAUGCCGUAGGUUUCCUUUCCAGUCCCUUUUCCCAAGCCAGUGUGGGCUCGCAGCCUUGUGUCCCUGUGUUGCCCUCUCCGAGAAGAAUGUACAUGAGCUCUGGUUUCUCAGUGCUGGUCUGACAUGGGGUGUAUUUUGCUUGAGGAGGAAGGAAAGGUGGCUGGCUUCAGUGAGGCUGGCCCAGCGUUGACCCGAGGUCCAUAUUGGAGCUCCGGGGCUGCCGAGCGAGUGAUCGCAUUGAGUACAUGCUGCUUCCCAGAGCUGGAGAUAGCAAAGAGGGGUAGGAGAGACGCUGUGCUUGUGAGGACGCUUGCCUUGGGACCCCCUGAGAAGAGCUCUUCUCCACUCCCUGGGGGACUGGCUUUCAGGCCCCCUACCCCUUUUAGGUGGAGAGAGUUGAGAUGGCACAGCAUCCCAUCCCGAGGGACCGGCUACGCUCUGUCAGAGCAGGAACAGGCACUGCCGUGGCCUUGGGGGAGCUGGGCAGCUUGGCUGCAGUCCGUCCCCUCCGAGGCUGGCUCUGGGAGCGAGGACGCUGCAAGGGUCUAGUUCGACCCCAGUUCAGUGCAUUCAGCAGCUACUACUGCAGUAGUAGCCUGCCGCCUCCUGGCUUAUUCCUGCCUGUAUUCCCAGGGUUGGGAGUUUUCUGGUUGCUACAGAAAAUGCUGAGAGGAAUAGGAAUUCGGCCCCGUGGAGUUAGUGUUAGAAAGUCUGCCGCCUUCCUCCUCUUCCUCCACCCGGUUUGCGUUAGCCAAGACCGAAGCCUCGGCAUUUUCAAAGUUUGGGGCCCAACACCAUAUUUAGAACCGUACUUUUAAGAAACUUCCUCCAAUUGAUUCUUUGAACCCAAGUGAUGGCAGUUGUAAGGAGUAGUCUUAUUUUUAAAUUUUUACUGCUUUGCCCUCCCUCAAAUUGUAGUUUUUCUUAGUGUUGUGUCCCUCACACACUUCAUGGUCUGCACGCUUGGCAAUAAAAAGAUGUAAUAUAUUUUGAAACGCGUUUGCUGCUGUCUUGAGGGGCUCCCAGUCAAAAAAAAACAACCAACAAAACCCAAGCGUUGUUCCCCAGAGCGUCGUUCCUUGGCGAUGGAGCAUGUUUGCUGACAUCUGGGUCUCGGUGUCCUUUUCCUUCCUUGCUGACUUCUGCAGCUCCUGCCGCUCGCCCCUUGUUAGGGUUACUGCUCAGGCUGGAUUUAGCAGCCACAUUAGUGCAAAGGAAAUAACCAUCGUGUUCAGCGCUGCUGAUCUGCGAGGGGCUCAUAGGCGAGAUCCCCGGUCCCUGUCUCUGAUUCUCUUUAUCCGAUUGCUUUCCCGGUGAGAGCCCCCAUCGGCUCAGUGCAGAGGUACAGGCACAGCCUUGCAGCCAGCCUUCAAAGGAACCCAUCUUGUCUGCCCAGAGAUCUGAAAGUUCACGCUUCUGCUACUUCUGAAACCUUUAAAAAGCCAUUUCAGACCAUGCUUAGCGUUUGAAGCGGUGUUCCUCGCCCUCCCAGCUUUCUGCAGAGAAUCCAGGCCAGCUCUUGGCAACAAACCCCCUGUUUUGGAAAGUUUGGCGUUUCCCUGAUAGCAAAACCACAUGCUGGGAACCGUGUCCCUUCUCCUCCUUAUGGCUGGUGCAAACAUCUCCAGCAAGCUAGAGACCUGCUAGCAGGAUGCCUAGCAAUGGCUGUUUCUCACUGUCUUUCUGGAUUCAUCCUGCGUGUGCCCCGUGUCCUAUUCAGUGUCAGGUGCUGCUGACGGUGGCAGUGGUCGCUGCCAGAGGUCUCAGCUCUGCACAGCCUGCUCUCCCCCUCUUUCCCCUCCACCAGCUCCCAGUUAUUGCUCCUACCUCUGCAAUAUGGAUACUGUACCUUGGUGUCUCAACUCAAAAUGAAGCUGGAAGCAACCUGACUUUCUGGGUCCACUUCCCAGCGCAGGACUCCCGUUGGCUCUUAUUUCCACUGAACAAGGCAUCCUGAGGUCUUACCUCUAGCCCGGUACCAACCAUCACCUAAUCCCUGGCCUUGUGCAGUCUAUACGCGUGCAGGUAUCCUUCCUCUCCCAGUUUGUUUUGGUAUUCCUGCAUACCAUGGUCAGGAGCUCUCCCUUCCUUCCUUCCCCACUUCCCCGCAUCUGUGUGGUGGGUCUGAGCUGGCAGCUGUGGCUGGAGGGACAGGAGAAGCUCCUCGCCGCAGCUGCUUUCCAGCUGCCAUCUGUUCUCGUGUGCACGUGGCUUUCAACCCUGACUGGUUGGGGCUUGACACCUUGCAGAGAGAGAGAGUGGGACGCAACCAGUCUGACCUGUAUCAUCUCUUGGGCGAGGAGUCCCCAGCGUAUAGGCAGGCCACCUUCCCCACUUGUACAGACAUUUUCUAUACACAUGGAUGUAUAUGUGUAGAUAACAUGGUUUUUUAACUCUUUUGCACUGAACAACAUUGGAGUGAAACCUUGAUUUGAAACCAGAAGACACAUUUUGACGUGGAUCCAGAUGUCUAGAUCCCUUACUGUAACCUGUCUGGUAAAACUGUGGCUCAAAAAUGCUGGUGAUGCCCAUACCUGUUCUCUGUCGCCAGUUGUGUUGGGCUGCCUGCGGGCUGCGGGUCAGGUCGGUGGCAUGGGUCUGCUGCGGAGGAUGGGGGUGGUGAGCUCCAAUUUGGAGACAAAACUUCUCCCCAUCCACUCCGCAGGGCGGGCUCAUGCACGGACCUGACCCGUUCAGCUUUGUCGUGUUUGUCUGGUGCGGUCAUGCGGUCCGACCUCCUCUCCAUCCACCCGCAGCGUGUCGUUUGUGUAACCUGCUCAGCCCAAAACUGGGAAUAAAGCUACGUCCAAUGUGACAAUCCCACGCACCCCAACCCACAGCCCAGGCUGUGAGAACCGUCUUUCCUAAGGAAGGGUGAGGAAGCUGGGGUUUGUCCCUGCUUUUCCUCAAGCAGCGGGAGGAAUUGGGGUUUGUUGCUGCUACCCGUAUCUCGAGAAGACUCGGUGAUCGAAUUAAAGCUCUUGCAUCGCUUGCGUGGGCUUGGUACAUCCGUAGGAAGAGAAGGGAGGGCUGUUUGCCGGCGGGAGGUGAGCUGGCCCAGGGAGGGGCUGUCUGUCUGCCGGCAGGUCCCUGCCCGGCUUGGCUUGGCAGACAGCAGGGAAGCCCGCCUUGACACAUCUGGCUCCGCACCUGCUGAACUCCUGUCCAGCUGUUAGGCAAGAGCUGUGAUCCCCAUCCCGAGGGCGGGCUCAUCCUGCAAACGGGGCGGGGGACGUUGCUGGGACCUUUGGGGCACUCGCACCCUCGUGGUCCAAGCCCCAUGGGUCAUAACAGCUGCUGUGCUUUGAGGAGGGCUUGCGGGGGGCCUGGGUCUGGACCCCUGCCAGCGGCAAAUAGUCUUUUAUCUGCCAAAAGCGUUCCCUUUCCCAAUCGGGAGGAGAAAUGUUUGGCUGAGAAGCGCGUCUCUGCUCCUUCCCGUGCCCCCUGCCCACACUUACAAGUUCUGGCUGACUUUAAUUUUGUUUUUUAAAGAUUCUAAUUUUUUUUUUUUGUUACGAAUAGAAAUAAAUAAAAAAAAGAAACAAAAAAGAAAGUGGCAAUAUUUUUUUCCGUAAGCUUUUCCUAGGAAAAAGCGUGGUUUGUAACAAAGUUGUACAGUUCUGAAGUUUGAGAUACGAGAAGUACUGUGUGAAACGCUGUAAAUGGGGCAGAGAUUAUUUUAUGUACAGUCUGACGCGGGGGGAAUCUUUUAAUUCUGGUUGAUUCUUAGGAAGAAUUUGGUUCUUCACUGUCAGGGUUUGGAAUUUCAUGGUUUCAUUAUUUUUUUUUUUCUUGUAUAGAUUGCUGCAUUAAUUGAAUAAAAGCAGAAAGCAUC